GUGCUCAGGGCCCCGGGGGCCGGUUGGUCAGUGGGCCGGGAGGGACCACUCUGCCGGUCAGAAACAAGGGUCGGGUAGGAGUUGGCGGUUACAGAAAGUUCAGGGUGACGACCCCGAGAGAAGAACCCGCAAGGGAACGCCUCCAAGGGAAAGCCCCAGAGGCGAGCGGCCGGCGCGGAGCCCGACCUGCCACGCAGUGACCUGGGGCGCGCGGACGGAGCCCACUGAUCCCGGGCCGGGUCCUGGGGUGCGGUGCUGCGGCUGGGGAUGGGAUCCCCGCCACCCGCCCGUAAGGGCUUUUACCGCCAGGAGGUGACCAAAACGGCCUGGGAGGUGCGCGCCGUGUACCAGGACCUGCAGCCAGUUGGCUCUGGUGCCUAUGGUGCAGUGUGCUCUGCGGUAGACAGCCGCACUGGCAGCAAGGUGGCAAUCAAGAAGUUGUACCGGCCCUUCCAGUCGGAGCUGUUUGCCAAGCGCGCCUACAGAGAGCUGCGCCUCCUCAAACACAUGCGCCACGAGAACGUCAUCGGGCUGCUGGAUGUGUUCACUCCUGAUGAGACUCUGGAUGACUUCACAGACUUCUACCUGGUGAUGCCAUUCAUGGGCACUGAUCUGGGCAAGCUCAUGAAGCACGAGACUCUGAGUGAAGACAGAAUCCAGUUUCUUGUGUAUCAGAUGCUGAAGGGGCUGAAGUACAUCCAUGCUGCUGGUGUCAUCCACAGAGACUUGAAGCCUGGCAACCUUGCUGUGAAUGAGGACUGUGAGCUGAAGAUCUUAGACUUCGGCCUUGCCAGACAGGCAGACAGUGAGAUGACGGGAUAUGUGGUGACUCGGUGGUACCGGGCACCAGAGGUCAUCUUGAAUUGGAUGCGCUACACACAGACAGUGGACAUUUGGUCUGUUGGCUGCAUCAUGGCGGAGAUGAUUACUGGAAAGAUUCUGUUCAAAGGCAAUGACCACCUGGACCAGCUGAAGGAGAUCAUGAAGGUCACAGGGACGCCCCCUCCCGAGUUUGUACAGAAGUUACAGAGUGCUGAGGCCAAAGACUACAUGGAAGGCCUCCCUGAGCUGGAAAAGAAAGAUUUUGCCUCCAUCCUGACCAACGCAAGUCCUCAGGCUGUGAGCCUCCUGGAAAAGAUGCUGGUGCUAGAUGCAGAACAGCGGGUGACAGCAGCUGAGGCGUUAGCCCACCCAUACUUUGAGUCCCUUCGGGACACUGAGGAUGAGCCCAAGGUCCAGAAAUAUGAUGACUCCUUUGAUGAUGUAGACCGCACCCUUGAAGAGUGGAAGCGUGUUACUUACAAGGAAGUGCUCAGCUUCAAGCCUCCCAGGCAGCUAGGAGCCAGAGUUCCAAAGGAGACAGCUCUAUGAAGACCUCGGGGUGGUCUGAGGCUGCCCUGAGGAGCCUGGCCCGGAGCCUCUUCACAGACAACUUGGAUUUCCUUCCCUGGAAGAGGAAUCGUGGUUAGCACUCCGACGGUGCCUGGGGCUCAUAUCCUGAGAGUCUGUGUAGACCCUUGAAUCAUGGACCCUCCGUCUCCAGAACCUGCUCUUGAGCUUUUGAGUGCCCCAAAUGACCCUGGCAGAACCUCUAAGACCCCUACCCAACAUGGGACUAGCCUUUGAAUUCUGGAGUUGUGCCCCCCGCAUCACUCUGCAUGAGUCUCUGAGCUGGCAGAGCUUAGGAGACAAAAGCUAGUCCCUGAGCUCUGCUUGCUCUGGGCAGUGCCAAGGUCAACUCCUGAGAUGGAAGGAGAGCGAGGUCUUGGGGGCACUGACUCAGGGACAUUAUCUCUCCUGGGAUCGGGGUGGAUUCUCUUAUACCCUUCGCCUGGAAUGUAAACCAGCCAUUUGGUGUGCGUAAGUGGCCGGGGCAAAUAAACCCUUUUGUAGAUCUCCCA